AUGGCCGAAAUCCGUCGCAAGCUUGUCAUCGUGGGUGAUGGUGCCUGCGGUAAGACUUGUCUUUUGAUUGUCUUCUCCAAGGGUACCUUCCCUGAGGUCUAUGUCCCCACUGUCUUCGAGAACUAUGUUGCCGAUGUCGAGGUUGAUGGCAAGCGUGUCGAGCUCGCUCUUUGGGAUACGGCUGGUCAGGAAGAUUAUGACCGUCUCCGCCCUCUCUCCUACCCCGACUCUCACGUCAUCUUGAUCUGCUUCGCGGUUGACUCGCCCGAUUCCCUUGACAACGUUCAGGAGAAGUGGAUUUCCGAAGUGCUUCACUUCUGCCAGGGACUUCCUAUUAUUCUCGUCGGAUGCAAGAAGGAUCUUCGCAACGACCCCAAGACCAUUGAAGAAUUGACCAAGACCUCCCAGAAGCCAGUCACCGCCGAACAGCCAUGCUUUCAGGGUGAGGAAGUUCGCAAGAAGAUCGGAGCCUACAAGUACCUCGAAUGCUCUGCACGAACCAACGAGGGUGUCCGUGAGGUCUUCGAGGCUGCCACCCGGGCUGCUCUCUUGACCAAGACUCACAAGAAGAAGAAGGGGUGCACCAUCCUGUAA